UAUAUAUAAAAACCAUCGAUGGGACUUUUGAAAUAUUUAUCCAUUUAUCUUGUGCUUAAUUGUGAAUCGUAAUAUGUCAGCAAAAUGUGUAUAACAUACAUACUCAAACGAAGUGCCAACAUAAAACAGAAAAUAUAUAAUUUUUGAUCUACGAACAUUGUGCGCAUUUCGUCUGUUUACCAACACUGCGUUAGUUAGUGUCAAGCUGACAGGUGGACAGUACGGCAACUCUGCCAGCUGGAAGACCUUCGUUUUCACCAAUUAGAAAAUUACAAAUUUUCCAAUUGGAGAGAUCAGGAUCACCAGCCAGCCGCACACCACCACAAGCCGAGUGGUCCACCGCUGCUCCCCACACAGACACGCAAGGACAUCGCACGGAGGACCGAGGAGCAGCCGGAUCAGGAUUAGGAUCAGGAGCAGGAACAGGAUUAGGAAUAGGAAUAGGACAGGACAGUCACCGAUCCCACGACAAUGUUCACGGGCAAGCUGCAGAUCAAGGUGUGCGAGGCGAGCGGCCUGCGGCCCACAGAUUUCCAGAAGCGCCACAACCUCACCUUCGGCAAACUGGCCGACGAGCAGCUCAUCGAUCCCUAUGUCUCCAUAGAUGUCGACGAGAGUCACUUCGAUCGAGCCACCACACGGCCAAAGACAUUCGAUCCUGUUUGGAACGAGCAGUUCGUCCACGACGUGACCAACGUGAGCAACAUCAACUUGACCGUCUUUCAUGAUGCCGCUCUGCCGCCGGAUGACUUUGUGGCCAACUGCAACAUCUCCUUCGAGGACCUCAUGCAGAGCGAGACGGCUGUGCAGGAUCUAUGGGUUAACUUGGAGCCGCAGGGCAAGAUUCACGUCAUCAUUGAGCUGAAGAAUCGCACGGAUAAAGCCAAAGCCGAGGCCGUGGUGGAGCACACCGUGGCCGUCAACAAGGAGUUCAAAGAGCGCGCCGGAUUCAACCGCCGUCGCGGUGCCAUGCGUCGUCGGGUCCAUCAGGUGAAUGGGCACAAGUUCAUGGCAACGUUUUUGCGUCAACCCACCUUCUGUUCGCAUUGCCGGGAGUUUAUCUGGGGAAUUGGUAAACAAGGCUAUCAAUGUCAAGUCUGCACGUUAGUUGUACAUAAAAAAUGUCACCUGUCGGUGGUGUCCAAGUGUCCGGGCAUGCGGGAUGAGCAGCAAGCCAAAGUGGAGGUGGUGCCGGCGGGCCAGAGGUUCAAUGUGAAUAUGCCGCACCGCUUUGUGGUGCACAGCUACAAGCGGUUCACCUUCUGCGACCACUGCGGAUCCCUGCUGUACGGCCUGAUCAAGCAGGGAUUGCAGUGCGAGACCUGCGGAAUGAACGUGCACAAGCGGUGCCAGAAGAACGUGGCCAACACGUGCGGCAUCAACACGAAGCAGAUGGCCGAGAUCCUCAGCUCGCUGGGCAUCUCGCCGGACAAGCAGCAGCCGCGCCGCUCCAAGUACUUGAACCAGCAGGGCGAGGACAACUACGGGGCAUCCCUGGGCAGCGAUGGCGACGGUGCUCCGGGGCAGUCCUUUCGCAGUUGCGCCUUGUCGGCGGACAGCCUGGCCACCUCGACGACGACGCUGACCAGCGGGUAUAAUAGCAGCAGCUGCAUGAGCCUGGCGGUGGGCGGACCUGGAGGCAGCGGGGCCACUGGAGAAACGCGUCCGGGCAAGUGCUCCUUGAUGGAUUUCAACUUCAUCAAGGUGCUGGGCAAGGGCUCGUUCGGCAAGGUGAUGCUCGCCGAGAAGAAGGGCACCGACGAGAUCUACGCCAUCAAGGUGCUCAAGAAGGACGCGAUCAUCCAGGACGACGAUGUCGACUGCACCAUGACAGAGAAGCGCAUCCUGGCGCUGGCCGCCAACCAUCCCUUCCUGACUGCGUUACAUUCCUGUUUCCAGACCCCGGACCGCCUGUUCUUCGUGAUGGAGUACGUGAACGGCGGCGAUCUGAUGUUCCAGAUACAGAAGGCGCGUCGGUUCGAGGCCUCGCGUGCCGCCUUCUAUGCGGCGGAGGUGACUCUGGCCCUGCAGUUUCUCCACACCCACGGCGUCAUCUACCGCGACCUGAAGCUGGACAACAUCCUGCUCGACCAGGAGGGCCACUGCAAGCUGGCCGAUUUCGGUAUGUGCAAGGAGGGCAUCAUGAACGGCAUGCUGACCACCACCUUCUGCGGCACCCCCGACUACAUUGCCCCGGAGAUCCUCAAGGAGCAGGAGUACGGCGCCUCCGUCGACUGGUGGGCGCUGGGCGUCCUCAUGUACGAGAUGAUGGCUGGCCAGCCGCCGUUCGAGGCCGACAACGAGGACGAGCUCUUCGACUCCAUCAUGCACGACGACGUCCUCUAUCCGGUUUGGCUGUCCCGCGAGGCCGUCUCCAUACUGAAGGGUUUUCUCACCAAGAAUCCGGAGCAGCGACUGGGUUGCACUGGCGACGAGAACGAGAUACGCAAGCAUCCAUUUUUCGCCAAAUUGGACUGGAAGGAGCUGGAGAAGCGCAACAUAAAGCCACCAUUCCGACCGAAAAUGAAAAAUCCACGCGAUGCCAACAACUUCGAUGCGGAGUUCACCAAGGAGGAUCCCGUACUCACACCGAUUGGAAACGAGGUGGUGCGCUGCAUCAACCAGGACGAGUUCGCCGGCUUCUCGUUCGUGAAUCCCAAGUUCGUAGCGGAGCACAAAGUCCACUAAGGCCCAACGAUCGCAGUUCAUGUUCACCUACCAGUUCGAUGGAUUGCGAUGCGGUCUGGAGCCCCGAUGAGACUGGGUAUCCCGGUCGGCAUGGGUGGCACCAAGCCCAGCCAGAUUGCCAUCGCGCCGAGCUGUCAUCGAGCGAGUAGCGCAUCCCCCAGCAAAAGCAGUCUAAUAUUUUCAUUUCCCAAUUUCCCGUAACUCCCCCCCGGCGCACUCGCCCCCAUUGUUGUCUGUUUCCAGUCGUAGUCAUGAUGCUCGUCCUCGUUUCGUUUCGUUACCGGUCCUGUGUGUAGAUCACUCAUCCACAUCCAACUACCAGUGCCAAUUGUCGAAACUGCUAGCUUCAAAUUGAAUUAGGGGCGCUCCUGGCACCCAAAACCUUUUCCCGCUUCAAGCUCCACGCCUGUUGGAAUUCAUUUAUGUUGUUUGCCAAGCUCCCAAGAACAGAAAACAACAAAAAAAAGCAAAAAACAAAACAAAAAGAAAGAAAAAGAAAAAGAAAAAAAGAAGGAGAAGGAGAGAAGGAAAGUAAGAGAUACCCCCACCCAUCUAGUCAAUGCCCACUGGCUGAGUGCAUUUUGUUAUUAGUUAUUUAUUGAUUGUUUGACGUGCCGAAUCUCAAGUUUCGCACUCACAGACCGACAGCAUCCAAGCAGAGCUCUAUUUACGGGAGGCGAGGCACUUGCUCCAAGCGAAUCUCAAGGGAAUUUCUAACACAAUAGCCGCAAUGUGCCGUCUGUACCACAUACACCACACAAUACAAGCGACCACACGGGUCUAGUUUCAUUUGUUUUAUGUAUUCGAAAUCUUGCACAACUUCCUUCUCAAGUAUUAAAGCGAUAUUAUUUUAAAGUUACCUUAUUGUUAUACAUAAAUAUUUAUAAAAUGAAAACAAAACAAAAUGAAGCCAAAAAGCCCUAAUACAAACGCAUACAAUUUACCAACAAAGAGAAAAUGAAAGUAAAGCUAACUAAUCAUAGAGGUAAAGCUAAACCCACAAAGAGAAUGUCUAUAAAAUUCAUAUUAAUUUAUGCUAAACAAAUUAUGAAUACAAAACGUGUUUAGUCUGUAAGCAAAGAAGAAGGAGAACAAACAAAUUAUAUAUAUAAAGUAUAUAUAUGAACCAUAUAAAUUGUGAAACUAAAGCAUAUAUAACACACACAAAUGGCAAAGAUUUAGCGUAUGAGGAAAAUCCGAACAAAAUUAUAUGAAAUUGUAAAAUGUGGCAUAGGAAGAUAGGAGACAAACAAUAUGACUAUUAUGUGUUGAUUUUAAAGCCAAAGACUCAAGCUAAGUUCUAUUCGCAAUUAACUGCAUUCAAAUCUAGCAUAAAUUUGAUUGGUACCCCUUAAAUGUUGUUACGAUUAUUAUUUACUCCAUAGAAAAUUUCGAGCUGCGAAAUUGUUUCUGUUUUUCGAUUUCCGUCUACCAAAGCGAGAGGAAUUACGUAUGCUAAAAUAAAUCAUUAAUCAUAAAUCAUUAAUGAUAACUACAAGAUGGAAUAGCAAAGGAAGGAUAACAGAUGAUUUAUUAACUUUAAGCAGCGUUGUUAACUAAAAAUACAAAUCGUAAGGCAAAGGCAAGCAUAAACACACAUUUGUAUGUAAUAAUAACGCCCAGUGUCUAAUAAUAUUUGUGAAAUAGCAAGCCCAGCGUAAGCGCUAGUUACCCAUUUACAAUUUAAAUGUUAACCCAAAGUAUUUUCAAGAACGCAUUUUACCAAAAACAAGCAAAAAACACGAGAAAUAAAAACAAAAUAAAACAACAAACAAAAACACAA